GCGCCAGCGCCACCGUCCGGUCCGCCCGCCAGCCCGCACGGCCGCGCCGCCGCGGAGCGUUCGGGGCGCCGCGCUCCAGGGGCCGGGCAUGGAGCUUCGUGCGUUGGGCGCACUCCGAAGCCGGCGCACGUGAGGCCCAAGGAACGCCGUCUGGAGCCCCGUGGCCCGGGACGGGGAGAUGUGGGACGCGCAGCCGCCUGUGCCCCGAGGAGCCGCCGCCCCCGGGAUCCCCGGGCAUGGUGCGCGCCCCGGCCGGCAGCGCCCGAAGACGGCGCCCCCCACGCCCGACCCGCGGGGCCGGAGCAGCGCCGCGCCAGCCCUCUAGGCGGCCGCAGGGCCACAGCAGCUCCGCCGCCGGCGCCCCCCGGAAACCAUGACCCCCGGCGCGGGCCCAUGGAGCCAUGGCCUAUAGGGUCCUGGGCCGCGCGGGGCCAGCUCAGCCGCGGAGGGCGCGCAGGCUGCUCUUCGCCUUCACGCUCUCGCUCUCCUGCACUUACCUGUGCUACAGCCUCCUGUGCUGCUGCGACGACCUGGGCCAGAGCCGCCUCCUCGGCGCGCCUCGCUGCCUGCGCGGCCCCGGCGCGGGCGGCCAGAAACUUCUCCCGAAGUCCCGCCCCUGCGAUUCCCCGGGGCCCACGCCCAGCGCGUCCGGCGCUCCCAGCGCGCCCGCCGCCGCCGCCGCCGCCGCGUCUGCCCCUCGCCUCGCGUCUGCUAACCACUCGGGCUCGGCCAGGAUGGGCACCAAGCGACUGCCCCAAGCCCUCAUCGUGGGCGUGAAGAAGGGGGGCACGCGGGCCGUGCUGGAGUUCAUCCGCGUGCACCCGGACGUGCGGGCCCUGGGCACGGAGCCACACUUCUUCGACAGGAACUACGGCCGCGGGCUCGACUGGUACAGGAGCCUCAUGCCGCGGACUCUGGAGAGCCAGAUCACACUGGAGAAGACGCCCAGCUACUUCGUCACACAGGAGGCCCCUCGGCGCAUCUUCAACAUGUCCCGGGACACCAAGCUGAUCGUGGUCGUGCGGAACCCGGUGACCCGGGCCAUCUCGGACUACACGCAGACGCUCUCCAAGAAGCCGGACAUCCCCACCUUCGAGGGCCUGUCCUUCCGCAACCGCACGCUGGGCCAGGUGGACGUGUCGUGGAGCGCCAUCCGCAUCGGCAUGUAUGCGCUGCACCUGGAGAGCUGGCUGCAGUACUUCCCUCUGGCUCAGAUCCAUUUCGUCAGCGGUGAGCGGCUCAUCACCGACCCGGCAGGCGAGCUGGGCCGCGUCCAGGACUUCCUGGGCAUCAAGAGGUUCAUCACGGACAAGCACUUCUACUUCAACAAGACCAAAGGAUUCCCUUGCUUGAGAAAAACAGAAUCGAGCCUCCUGCCUCGGUGCCUGGGCAAAUCGAAAGGCAGAACUCAUGUACAGAUUGAUCCAGAAGUGAUAGACCAGCUCCGGGAAUUUUAUAGACCUUAUAAUAUUAAAUUUUAUGAAACAGUUGGACAGGACUUCAGGUGGGAGUGAGCCACCAAGAUGUAAGGGUUCUUCUGCUUGUCUCGUCCGUGAGGCUGGCCCCUCGAGCCUGUGAUCCUCUUCCCCCAGCAAACCCAACCCAGCUCCAGCCCCCCUUCCCAUCUCGGGUUCCAUCGUCCUGGAACUAGGAGGACCAGCUAAGGCCACGAGACCAUGGGGUCCUUGCCACUAGCUCUCCCCAGUCUGUCUAGGCAGAGCUGACCCGCUUCUGGCUUGUCCAGUCAGUUCUGAAUCAUUUCCCUUCAGCCCCUCCGAGGCCUUGGGAAACGGCUUUAAGAACGGAUCUUCUGAUUACGCUAGAUAUUAUAAGUGAUGAUGGUUCUGUUGCUGUGAACACAGCAGUCUGUCCCUGUCACUGUCCGCCCCAGAGCGGACUUGCUAAUUCCUAGUGGCAUGUACCUCCCCUCUGAGCUUCACUCUCCCCAGCCGCCCUGGGUGGUGGGACAGGAGACCGUCCUCUUCCUCCUGACCUUAGCAGCUCAUCGAGACAUUGCAGGGCUGGAAGCACCCCCAGUCACUCCUAGCAGACAGACCCUUCGGUGAUGAAAUAAACCAGAGAUUUCAAAGCCUGUGGUCUCAACUCUGCUUGAAGGUUAAUGGUCUUUGGAAACCACUUUGUGACUCUCCCCGCUCCCUAUGGACAAAAGCACAUUAAUUCUGCUGUUACGGGUACUUGACUCACGCGAGCUUUCAUGUUCAGCAUGCGAAGGAAUCAUGCUUGUCCAUGUGAAAUAAAUAUGGCUC